UAGGCCCAAUCCAAUAUCCACUCCAGUCCAACCCAGCGGCCACCUCUCCUCUCAUCUCCGACACAACGCCCGCUCCACUGGCUUGCCCUCCGCCAUAUCCUUUCUCCUUUCUUACGGAAGCUUCAGUCGGCCUUCUCGUUCCCCUUCCUCAAGGGUUCUUUAGGAGACAAAGUUUAGCGCCUAAAUACUGUUCGUAGCCCCAAUGAAUAAAGGAGGGGUAGGAGGAGUUGGUCUUGGAAGCGGUGGAGGAGGCGGGCCAACUGCUGCUGCAGCCGCUGCAGCUGCUCAAAAGCAGAAGACCUUGUUGCAGAGAGUUGAUGCUGACAUUGGAAACAUAGUUGACAAUUUUAGUUUCCUUGUUAAUGUUGCCCGGGUGAAUGAUCCGCCAGUAAGAAAUUCCCAAGAAGCUUUCAUGAUGGAAAUGCGUGCAGCCAGGAUGGUGCAAGCAGCUGACUCAUUGCUUAAGUUGGUCUCAGAGUUGAAACAGACAGCAAUCUUUUCAGGAUUUGCCUCUCUUAACGACCACGUAGAGCAGAGAACAGAGGAGUUUACCCAACAGGCAGAGAAAACAGACGUGAUGUUGGCCAGGAUUGGAGAGGAGGCUGCUGCUAGCCUAAAAGAUCUUGAGUCACACUACUACUCCUCUUCUCAGAGAACAAAUAUGCCCUUUCCUGCUGAUAAUUGAAAGAGAGGAAUACCACACUCACCUCUGGGCUGCGAGGUCGCUCGAAAUGCGUGAUUUUGGUAAAACAAAGACGAAUGCUGUACAUGCAAAUUGUAUCUUUCUUGAAACGCGGAGGGUUUUCCUUUUGAGGUCCAUACUGAGCCUCUGCCGGGAACUAUCUUUUGGUUGUGGAUGCCUUCAAAAAUUAGCUGUAUCCUAGAAUAGAUUACACAUUUACGUAGUUGAAAAACUUGUUUCUGAAAAUAGUCUAAUCCAAACAGAGUGUAAAUCUUAGUAUGCCGUGGUGGAUGCUAGCUAUCAUAUGGGCAUUGAAUGGUAACUGACUUUAGUCGAUGCUAAUUGCGAGGUAUAAUCCGUUUUACCUA